AACGAGCAAGCGGCCUGCAACAAGACAGCAUUUCGGGACUAGGGGCUCGCUUGAGCCGAACUCGGCGGGAUCGAGUGUCUGCCAACAACUCAUACGAGUCUACGCUAUUCUUUGGCGAAGAACUGCCUCGCGCUGUGUCCUAGACGUUUCGUCCAAUAGAGUCAUGCCCAGAAAAAUUCGGUGACUGCGAAGUCUACAAGCUUUCUAGACACAAUCCGUCGCCGGGUUCACGCAGCCUACCCUCGCGAUCUUGAUAGACACCAUGGCUCAGCCUUUCGAUCCAGGGGCGGUGUCAACGCUGCCCCGUAUGCCGCUAACACCAGUGCCACGACCGCAAGUCAGCAUCGAGAGGCUCCCCACUCGUCGUCUGAGCAACGAACCACGGGAAUCGAUGAAUUGCAAGUCAUGUCGGAAGCGCAAGAUCAAGUGCAACCGGCUUCGUCCCGCCUGCGAGGCAUGCCAAGUCUUCCAGUGUCCCUGUAUAUAUGAUGCUGUUCCGAAGAAAAGGGGGCCGAAAACGGACGUAUUGGAAGCGUUGUUGAAGAGGGUCGAUGGGCUCGAAGCCCGAUUGAAGGACAAGAAGGCAGAAUCUGACACCUCAAGCUCUGAGAACGCCGUGGACAAAGGCUCUGAGGUGUCAAGUUCCACUCAACAAACAUCCAACGGGACAGCUGGAGCAAAUGUUGAUCCCUCUCAAGCAUCCCAAGAUUCAGCUAUGCUCCUCUCCCCUAGCCCGCCAAGUGAAUUGCCUGCCGGGGUUCAUCCUGAUAUCUUGCUCGAUAUCUACUUCACCCGCUUUCACGACAAGCCUUUCCACAUCUUCGAUGAGUCCACUUUACGACAGCGCCUCCAGCUCAACCAAGUACCAACCUACUUGGUUCAUGCUAUCUACGCAGUAGCGGCAAGGUAUGCGCCUCAUCCGAGCGGGUAUCAAGCUGCCGUAAAACUCAGCGAAGAAUAUGCCGCAAAGGCGAGGCAGGGAAUUGACACAGACGAACCGUCUGUGGACGCCUUGCAAACCUUGGUCCUCCUCGUAACCGCUUUCACAGCGUCCGGGAAGGGCAAGAAAGCAUACAUGUUGCUGACCAAUGCUGUCGGCAUGGCCAUGGCCCUGGAACUGCACAGGGAAAUGGACUUCAAUGCCCGCGUUACUCAGAUUGAACGAGAGACUCGCCGGAGAUUGUUCUGGACUUGCUACCUGCUUGACCGAUUCCUGGCAUGCGGGUCGAAGCGUCCUUCCCUCAUCUCCGAUAGGGCCAUUCUCCUACGCCUGCCUUGCUGGUUUCCGACACCCGGCUCGCUACCCAUUGAAGGGGACUUCUUUCAGAGCUACACGAACUUGCAGCACCUGCAAGGCGGCGGGAAGAAACCCCAGGGCAGCAGCGGGAUGUUGAUCGAUAUCUGCCGCAUCCUCGGCACCACGAAUCAGUACUUGGCGGCCGGGGGCGUCAAGGGCGACUCCCACUUCCCGUGGCACUCGCUGUCGAACCUGUCGAAGAUCCGCCAGGACCUGGAUGUCUGGGCAUCGGGGACGGAAGAUGUGUUCUCCAGCGUAGAGUCGCUGUUUGGUCGGCCGGAUUCUACGGUUCUCGUGCUCAGCAAGCUGAUCUAUCACCUUAUUCACUGCCUCGUGUAUCGUCCUUUUCUCCCCAUCGACUUGGCGGAGCUGGCAGGAUCGGGGCAGCACCAGUCGUGGCAAAUUGAGGCCACCAAUAUGUGCUUCCUGCACGCAAAUGCUAUCGCCGAGCUGGUGGAACUCGGCAGGCAAACAGCAUCGGUCGAGUGGCCAGCGUUCGUGGGUUACUGCAUCUGCACUGCCGGCACGGUACACAUCCACGGGACGCAUUACAGCAGGAUCGGAAAUGCUGGCGAGGUCAACGUCUUCAGCUCGUCGACCGAUUUCUUGUCGAGGGAGAUGCAGCAACUGAGCGAGCUUCGGUAUUCCUGGGCGAGCGUCCAGCACCAGCGGGAGACUCUUCAGGGCAUCUACAACGCACACUCGGAGCUCGUCAAGAGCCUCGCGCAAAGCCCAAUGCGGUACUCUCCGGUAUUCCAGCUAGAGGACUUCUUCGACCGGUACUCGAACAUUGGUGGACCCGGAGGGCAGAGUUUCAGUUUUGAUGCGGCAAACCUGAGCCUCGCCGAUGUGGUAGUCGAUUUCACGGCAGACACGUAUCCGGGCCAGGGUCUCUAUGCACCGCGUCUCAACGCCACCGAGCCUGGGACAUCUCGGCCGAACCUCAAGAGGAAGAACACGGCUCCCUCGGGGCGCCCCAGGCCAGAGCUCAAGACCCUCCUCUCCUUGAAAACCGCCUUGAACCCGCCAGCCACUCCGUCGUUAUCCGCGCCAUCAACCGCGCAUCGUCCGCUGUUCUCGCCAGCAUCCUUACCGCCGCAGUCAUCACCGGGGGUCCUUCACACGCCUGCCUCCUUGACUUCGCCUCUAGGGGUCCCGCAACAAACUCGACAUAUGAGCUUGUCGCAUGGCCCGGUGGCCGGGAACAAUAGCAAUGCUGCGAAUGGUUUGACUGGCUUCUCUCUUGGCAACGGCAAUCCGGACAAUCAACCAAGUGAUAUCCCUCCAGGUUUCGGCGGCAUGGACAGCAGCUCGUUCAGCGCAUCCUUCAACUUCAAUCAGAUUUCUGGCUCAACGCCCGGCGCAAGUGCAGGACCGCAAGGGUUUGACCCCAUGUUUGGCGAGUUGCCAACCAACGCAUUUGCGACGCCCACCGCCUGGCACGGCGACGAGGAGAGAGAUAACAGACCGAGCAACGGGUUGGGCGCCGCUCCGAACGACACGAGUCCGAACGAGAGUGCCGCUACGACAGGCUCGGGAGAAGAAAAAGACCCAUUCCUCAGCUUACUGGAGCAGCUGGCUGAGAACGAGUCGUUCAUGGGUCCCGGCAACGAGCUAGACUUCUUCCUGAACGGAGCCCCCAACGCCGGAUGAUGGAUGGGGGUCCACCAAGAGUGCUCAAACAGCUACUUGCACCGAGCGCGUGAGAUGCCCAAAGGGUCGGGUGAGGGUUGAUGUGUACUAAAAGAUACCCAUACAUGUACGGAGUUUGGGUGAUGAAAUGGGCUUCGGCGAGCUUGGGAGUUGCUGGCGGGGUGUAUGAACGGAAUGGUUGGGAUUCUGUAGAUGACCAGCCUUGAGCUGGUUUAUGGGUUACAAAUCAAAAACAAUGACAUGGAGACGCUGUGCUUCGAAGUGCGAGAUACAUCCAAGUUUAACAGAGACAUGUAUUUGCCUCCACAGCGCUUCACAACACAGGACUAGAAUAAGCCAUUAUCGCACAACAGAUCAUCAACAAGUGUGUCAUUACCCAGACGUUGCCAAGGGUCCUUCUAUUUCACCAGCUCAUUCACAAUUUUAAGGGCAGGGUUUCUUCUUACUGUUGAGUACUCGUUUGGUCAUCGAACC